AAAAGAUAAUAUAUGUAUGCUUAAUAAAAUUCUAAUUUCGUGAGUAGCUGUAUUUCAUAAUGGAAGAUUUUAUUCCUACACGAGUAUCAAAGGUAAAAGAAAAUGCUGUAAAGGAAUUUGUAUCAGUGAAUUAUCAAAAGCCAAAGAAAAAGAAAAGAGAAAUUAUUGAAAGCGAAGAAAACAGUGAUAUACGAAAUUUUAAAUUCAAUAUAACAAAGGAUAGACGAAAUUGCAAUAACGAUGACAAAAAGAAACAGGAAGCAGAAAUGAAACGUGUUAGAUACGAAGUUAUGAAAUUUGGUAUGUCUGGUUUUAAAGGGGAAAAAGCAGGGGAAGCAGAAGUUGAAUUUGCUAUUAAUUUAGGAGCAAAACCUCCAAGAAAAAAAGGUAUUAAUUAUAAAAUUUUGAAGCAUAAAAAGAAAGAAGGUUACAAGGAAACACAGGAGAAGAACACAAAACUUAUGUCAGGUUCCAAAAACAGUUUAACUAAACAUAAAACUAAAAAGACCCGUAAAAAAGGUUCUGAUGGUCUAUUAGGAAUUUAUGGAAAAAUAAAUAAAACAACACUAGGUAAAAAUAAAAAAUAA